CUCCUCAGAAUUCAUUUUCAUCUGCCAAAUUCAAGGUCUCAACUCUCAAUAACCGGAGCUAUUCUCAGGGAAAGAGAGUAAACAGUGGAAAUGGCGAAAACAGUUACCCCAGAUGCAAUAUCAAUCUUAUUGUCAAAUCCCUCUCCAGAUUCAUCCUCUAAUCUCCCUGAGAUCGUAGUCCAAGUCUUAGAUCUCAAGCUCACUGGCAAUCGAUACAUGUUUAAUGCUAGUGAUGGGAAGCUGACUGUAAGGGGCAUUUUGCCAUCAAAUUUAUCGUCGGAAGUCAUCUCAGGAAACAUUCAGAAUAAGGGCCUCAUUCGUAUUCUCGAUUACACUGUCAACGAUAUCCCAACUAAAUCUGAAAAAUACCUGAUUGUGACGAAAUGUGAGGUGGUAGCGCCUGCACUUGAAAUGGAGAUCAAGAGUGAGGUGAAAAGCGAGGAAGUUGGCAUAAUUUUGAAGCCAAAACAAGAAAAUGAGAUGAAAAGUGAGGUUAAAAGAGAAGGGGCUGGCAUUCUUGUGAAGCCGAAACAAGAAAUAGUCACUAAAUCUGCUGCUCAAAUAGUUCAUGAACAACGUGGAAAUAUGGCUCCUUCUGCUCGAUUGGCAAUGACCAGAAGGGUUCAUCCUUUAGUUUCCUUGAACCCCUACCAAGGCAAUUGGACUAUAAAAGUUAGUGUUACGAGCAAAGGAAACAUGCGUACUUAUAAGAAUGCAAGAGGAGAAGGAUGCGUCUUCAAUGUGGAGUUAACGGAUGAAGAUGGUACCCAAAUACAAGCAACAAUGUUCAAUGAAGCCGCAAGGAAGUUCUAUGAUAGGUUCCAAUUAGGGAAGGUGUAUUACAUAUCUCGGGGAACUCUUAGGGUUGCUAACAAGCAAUUCAAGACAGUGCAAAAUGAUUAUGAAAUGAACUUGAAUGAAAAUUCUGAGGUGGAAGAGGCCAGUAAUGAAGAAACCUUCAUUCCUGAAACAAAAUUUAAUUUUGUUCAGAUUGAUGAGUUGGGUCGUUAUGUUAAUGGCAGUGACCUUGUUGAUGUUAUCGGAGUCCUUCAAAGUGUUUCUCCAACAAUGAGCAUCCGAAGGAAAAGUAACAAUGAAAUGGUUCCAAAGCGUGAUAUAACUGUUGCAGAUGAGACGAAGAGGACAGUUGUGGUCUCUUUGUGGAAUGACCUGGCAACUAAUCUGGGCCAGGAAUUGCUUGAUGUGGUUGAUCAAUCUCCUGUAGUUGCGAUUAAAUCCCUCAAAGUAGGAGACUUUCAAGGAAUAUCUUUGUCAGCAGUUGGCAGAAGCACAGUACUGAUCAAUCCUGAUAUUCCAGAAUCAAAGAAGUUGAAGGCCUGGUUUGACUCUGAAGGUAAAGGGACUUCAAUGGCUCCUGUUGGCUCUGGUUUGAGUCCUUCAACCAAGACUGGAGUGAGGUCUAUGUACUCUGAUCGAGUAACCCUUUCUCACAUAACGAGUGAUCCAUCAAUGGGAGAAGAAAAGCCUGUGUAUUUUAGCAUUAGAGGAUUUAUAAGCCUUAUCAAGCCUGAUCAGACUAUGUGGUACCGUGCUUGCAAAACCUGCAACAAGAAAGUCACGGAUGGCAUGGGAUCUGGGUAUUGGUGUGAGGGAUGCCAGAAAAAUGAUGAUGAAUGCAGUUUAAGAUACAUUAUGGUUGUAAGAGUUUCUGAUGAAAGUGGAGAAGCUUGGAUUUCUGUAUUCAACAAUGAGGCAGAAAAGAUGAUUGGGUGCUCUGCUGAUGAGCUUGAUAAAUUGAAGUCACAGAUGGAAGAGAAUUCAUACCAAAUGAAAUUGAAGGAAGUUACUUGGGUUCCAUACCUUUUCCGGGUUAGUGUCACUCAACACGAAUACAACAAUGAGAAGAGGCAAAGGAUAACUGCCAGGGAUGUUGCUCCAGUUGAUUUUGCUGCAGAAUCCAAGCUUUUGCUAGAAGAGUUAACAAAGAAAGCUUCUCAAUAGGAUGUAUUUAACUCUGAUCUUUAGGCUGUCUAGGUUGAUAUUGUCUUGAUGAUGCCAGUUUCUUGCUUGCAUAAGAUUGAUGGAAGUUCAACUCAAUUAGGAAAUGUGACUGUUGGUUCAGACAACAUUUUGCUUGUAAUAUAUGCUUAAUUAGUCAAUCAAAGUAUUUUUUGUUUGUACUUGGGCACUAUUAUAAUUAUUCAAGUUCUCAUCAACUAGAGCACUUGGUGGUUUC